GAGGCUGAGAAAGGGGGAAGAGAAAGGAGAGUGAGAGAAAGAGGAGCCUUUUGCAAAUAAUAAUUAUUAUAAUUAGAAUAAGAAUCCGGCCCCUUUCUCCUUAAAAAAAAAAAAAACAAAAAACAAAACCACAAAAAAAAGCCCUAAACGCAACGUCUCGUUCCCCCUCCCUCUCCAAGCCCCCCGACUCGCUCUCUGCGAAGGCAUGGAGAAGCGGACUAACUGCUUUCCGACCAGCCACAUCGUUUUUCUCGCCUGGACAUGGCUCUUACUUCUCUCUUGGUGUUGCACCGGCGCCGAAAUAACUUGCGGAUCCUGCUCGUCUCCAUCACCCUCCUGGCCGCCCUCCUCGUCUCGCCUUAGGCAGGAGCAGCGACAGCCGCCGCCGCGAGGAUUACGAAGCUGGCCGGGCGGCCGAAUGCGGGGCUCGGCCGGGGCGGCGGCCGCCGCGGAGCCGCUGCCGGGCGGGGAGCCGGGGGGCCGCACGGGGCCGCGGGGAGCGGCGCUCCGCUCGGCGGGGGCGGGCGGCGGCGCGCCCGGGGGCCGGGGCCCGGUGGCGCCGCGGAGCCGGCGGAGCAGCGAGGGGCGCCGGGCAAUGCCAGCGGGCGGCGGCCGAGGGGUGCCCGCGGCCGAGGGGCAGCGCGGAGCCCGGGCUCAGCCCCGUGUGCGCCUGGAGGAGGGGAGAGCGGAGCGGCUGCGAGGGGCAGAGGAGCUGAGGCUGAGCAGCACCACCUUCGCGCUCACCGGGGAUGCGGCUCACAACCAAGCCAUGGUGCACUGGUCCGGGCACAACAGCAGUGUUAUUCUCAUUCUGACAAAGCUUUACGACUUCAACUUGGGGAGUGUUACGGAGAGCUCACUGUGGAGGUCAACAGACUAUGGCACUACCUAUGAAAAGCUAAAUGACAAAGUAGGCCUGAAGACUGUGCUGAGCUACCUUUAUGUCAGCCCCACUAACAAGAGGAAGAUCAUGCUUCUCAGUGAUCCAGAGAUCGAGAGCAGCAUCCUCAUCAGCUCUGAUGAAGGGGCUACCUACCAGAAGUACCGUCUGAACUUUUAUAUCCAGAGUUUGCUCUUCCACCCCAAGCAGGAGGAGUGGAUCUUAGCCUACAGCCUGGAUCAAAAACUGUACAGCUCAAUGGACUUUGGAAGAAAAUGGCAGCUCAUGCAUGAGCGCGUCACUCCAAACAGGUUUUACUGGUCAGUGACUGGUUUGGAUAAAGAACCCGACCUUGUACACAUGGAAGCACGGACAGCUGAUGGACACACCCACUACUUGACCUGUCGGAUCCAAGAAUGCUUGGAGACCAAAAGGACUGGACCAUUUUCGCGCUCCAUUGACAUCAGCUCCCUUGUCGUUCAGGAUGAAUAUAUCUUCCUCCAGGUGACAGCUGGUGGAAGAGCAAAUUACUAUGUGUCAUACAGACGGGAGCCUUUUGCACAGAUUAAAUUGCCCAAAUACUCUCUUCCUAAGGACAUGCAUAUUAUCAGCACAGAUGAGAAUCAGGUGUUUGCAGCUGUUCAAGAGUGGAACCAGAACGAUACAUACAACCUGUAUAUCUCGGACACCCGAGGGGUGUACUUCACCCUGGCCUUGGAAAAUGUGAAAAGCAGUCGAGGACUGGAGGGAAAUAUUAUCAUUGACCUUUAUGAGGUAGCAGGGAUCAAAGGCAUAUUCCUGGCUAACAAGAAGAUAGAUGACCAAAUUAAGACUUUCAUUACCUACAACAAGGGCAGAGACUGGCAUUUACUGCAGGCACCAGACACUAAUCUAAGAGGGGAACCUGUAGUUUGCCAGCAGCCCUUUUGCUCAUUGCACUUACAUCUGCAACUCUCAGAAAAUCCCUAUACUUCAGGAAGCAUUUCCAGCAAAGAGACAGCUCCUGGGCUGCUGGUGGCAACAGGAACUAUUGGCUCUGAGCUUUCCUACACUGACAUUGGUGUAUUCAUCUCUUCUGAUGGUGGAAAUUCCUGGAGACAGAUCUUUGAGGAGGAAUACAACAUCUGGUUCCUGGACUGGGGAGGGGCACUAGUGGCCAUGAAACGCACGUCAGUGCCCAUCCGACACAUGUGGGUGAGUUUUGAUGAAGGAAGAUCCUGGAGUAAAUACAGUUUCACAUCAACACCGCUUUUUGUGGAUGGAUCCCUUGUAGAUCCUGGCAUAGACACCCAGAUAAUGACAGUGUUUGGGCACUUCAGCCUCCGUUCUGAAUGGCAGCUGGUCAAGGUGGACUACAAGCCUCUCUUCAGCCAGAGGUGUAACAAGGAUGACUACCAAACCUGGCAUCUGCACAAUCAGGGGGAGCCUUGUGUCAUGGGAGAGAGGAAGAUCUAUAAAAAACGCAAGCCUGGAGCCCAGUGUUCCGUCAGUCGAGACUACUCCCAAAGUGUGGUGUCUGAACCAUGUGUCUGCAGUCAAGGGGAUUUUGAGUGUGACUACGGGUAUGAGAGGCACAGCAACAACCAGUGUGUCCCAGCCUUCUGGUUCAGCCCGUCCUCCCUGUCCAAGGAUUGCAGCAUUGGUCAGAGCUACUUGAACAGCACUGGGUACCGAAGGAUUGUGUCUAACAACUGCACAGAUGGCUUGCAAGAGAAGUACAUGGCCAAGAUGGAGAAAUGCCCUGGAAAAGCACCUCGGGGACUGCACAUCCUCACCACUGACGGAAAGUUGGUCACGGAGCAGGGACGCAAUGCCACCUUCAUCAUACUUAUGGAAGAGGGUGAUCUCCAGAGGACAAACAUUCAGCUUGAUUUUGGAGAUGGCAUUGCAGUAUCCUAUGCUAAUUUCAGCCCUGUUGAGAAUGGCAUCCGGCACGUGUACAAGAGUGCUGGCAUCUUUCAGGUGACGGCGUAUGCAGAGAACAGCCUGGGCUCUGACACCGCUGUCCUCUUCCUGCAUGUGGUCUGUCCAGUGGAGCACGUCCAUCUGAGUGUCCCCUUUGUCGCCAUCAGAAAUAAGGAUGUCAACAUUACUGCAGUAGUUUGGCCCAGCCAGGCAGGCACACUCACCUACUUCUGGUGGUUUGGCAACAACACCAAGCCCCUCAUCACAUUGGAGAGCAGCAUCUCUUACGUCUUCACUGUGGAGGGGAUGAACACUGUCACUGUGCAGGUUUCUGCGGGCAACAGCCUCAUCCAGGACACCAAGGAGGUCGCAGUGCAUGAGUAUUUCCAGUCUCAGCUCCUGUCAUUUUCUCCCAACUUGGACUACCAUAACCCUGACAUCCCUGAGUGGAGACAAGACAUUGGCAAAGUCAUCAGGAGAGCUCUUGCACAGGUGACUGGUAUCCCUGAUGAACAGAUCCUGGUAGCUGUAUUUCCUGGGCUGCCUACUUCUGCUGAACUCUUCAUACUGCCCCAUAAAAACACGACAGAGAGGAGGAAAAGCAGUGAGACUGAUCUGGAGCAAGUGGUAGAAAUCCUUUUUAAUGCUCUCAACCAGAACCUGGUCCAGUUUGAACUGAAGCCUGGUGUUGAAGUCAUUGUGUAUGUUACUCAGUUAACAUUAGCACCCCUUGUUGAUUCCAGCACAGGUCAUAGCAGUUCGGCAAUGCUGAUGUUGCUGUCUGUGGUGUUUGUAGGCUUGGCUGUUUUUUUAAUCUACAAAUUCAAGAGGAAAAUCCCUUGGAUUAACAUCUACGCCCAAGUUCAGCAUGACAAGGAGCAGGAAAUGAUUGGCUCUGUUAGCCAAAGUGAAAAUGCCCCGAAAAUCACUCUGAGUGAGUUCACAGACCCCGAGGAGCUGAUGGACAAAGAGCUGGACACGCGAGUGAUGGGAAGCAUCUCAACAAUUGCCAACAGUGAAAGCACAAAGGAAAUCCCAAACUGCACUAGUGUUUAAUAAUGAGAAUCUACUUGGUCUACAACAUUUCUGACUUUUUAUUUGUAAUUAUUAUUGUUAUUAUUAUUAUUAUGAAAAAAGAGUUAUAUGUCAUUAUUAUAAUUUGGGAGGGGAUGGGGUGGGCUUUUUCUGUUUACCAGGGCUGCAUUCGUAAAUAGCUGGCGUUCUUCAUAUUUAGGAAAUACUCAUCAGAUUAGGAAGAAAAAGCAAAGAAUGAGUCAAGUGUGUAAUGAGAUUUGAAUGCCAGACUUCUAUUAAAUACAGAAUGUGAAUUAAGUAUUCAAAUCCAACAGGCAGGUAUAGUACCUUAGGCAACAUGUUGCAGGUAACGUGUCCCUUUUCAAGCCCUUUUCAAAAUAAGUCAUGAAUCAGCUACUUGAUCCUGCCAGAGGGCUCAGGCUGGGUUGUUGCACCAGAGCCUGCAACAUGCCAACAGCUCUCGCUUUCCAAUGACAUGCAUGUAUCAGCUUUUUGCGGGAUCUUGCCUCUUUUAAUUGCUUUUAAUUUCAGUCACCCUCUGGCACUGCUCACUGCUGAGAAAGGGGAAAAAAAAAUCAGAGCAAACACAGAUGUCAGUGUUCCUUGGACUGUAGAUUGUCUGGAGGGGACAGCACCACAAGCGAUGAAGGAGUAUGCCUGAUUUAUGAAUGCAGCCCAAACCCUGUGCAUGUGAAUAGCGAGGAUGCCGAAGGCCGACUGUAGAUAAUUACGAUGUACAUAGCUUUUUAUUUCUUGGGAAAUAAUUUAAUGUUUAGUAAAAGAAGAUAUGUUUAAAAUAAGACCUGAACCACAUACACACAUGCACGCACACAAGUGCACAUACACAAGUGCACACACACAGGUGCACACUCGUACACGCCAGCCAAGCAGGGACCAUGGUGAGCACUUGAGUCAUGCUUUGGUUCCAAAUGUGUUCCAGUUGUCUGUCAUAUUUCAAUCUGACAUGGCUGUCUUUAAACAGCAUUGUUUCUUUCUGUGUGUAUAAUUGCAAGCCUUUAUAUCUAUAUCUAUAUCUAUAGAUAUAUAUAGAUAUAUUUCUGAGUAUCAUUUCCUAUGAUGGAGCCGAAAAAGAUAUUAGCAGGACGGACUAUGAGUCUGUCAUGAAUAUUUUAAUCAUGUUCAUCUCUGUUGUCCAUUUCUGAGAAGGAUCUUGGUGACAUUCAUUGGGGAAAAUGAGGAAAACAAAUGAGGAAAACAAACGUGAAUUUAUCACCAGCUCAGUGUGAGCAAAUAUCAGUGUAUUUGCAGUUCCCAGUACAACCUCGACUCAAUGGUGGGUCAGGUUGCAGUAGUGCUGUUCCCAGUGAGAAGUCACGCUUUUAGCAGUUAAGCUGGUGAAAUAUGCUGCUGUUCUGGAUGUGGAGGAGGAGUACAUUUUGGCUGAGCAUGACGCACCCAGUUAGGGACUGCUCUUUGGAGAGGGGGAUGUGGGGUCAGACCUGCAUCACUGAGCUAAGAAAAGUCUUUCUUAUGAGUGCUGCAGAAUGGCUGCUUCCAAUUUCGGAUUGGAAUGCCGUCAGAGUAGUUUUUGCAUGGUGGCUUGAUGUUUUCUGAUUACAACAGAGAGGAUAACAAAGAAAAGGUAGUGGAAAAGCACUUUAGGAAUCUUGUAGUGCACUGAGUUGGGGACAGCCCGUAGGAGUGGUGCAGUUUUGGGGCUGGAGGUUGACUUAGUGGUAAGUUAGUUUUAUCCAUUUUUCUUGAGUUGAUAAUGUUAUAAAGAGACCUUCUUCUGCAGAGCAUUAAGACCCAGUUGGAGUAGAAGGAAGACUGGAGGCACGUUUGGGAAGAUGUUCUAGUACCUGCAUGGUAACAGGAGGCAGAAGUGAGGUCAGUGGCAAUGUCUGUUAUCAGUUUUUAGGAUCUGGAUGCAAGACUUCACACCAUCUUUAGUAUAUCUGGACUGAAAUGAGAGGGCUGUGAUUUAGGUGUUACUUGCAACCUUUCUGCAUUGCAACGUGCCAGUUGGCUACAAACCAGCCUCCACUACAUGUGUUCUCUCUGUAAAUGGGCUGGAAUGCCUUUCAGAAGUUAUAAAUCCCGAUGAAUCUGAAGGCAGAGAGAAAAGUGGCUAAAUACAGUUUUGCAGAAAAAAAAAAACACAGGAGGCAUUUCAAGAUUAAAAUUAUAAAACUAAAAUCAUAGCAUGUCCUGAGUUGGAAGGGACCCACAAGGAUUGAGUCCAGCUCCUGUCCCUGCAUGUGACAACUCCACAGUUCACACCAUGGAAUGGUAGGCAAAUGUAGCGAAUUACUGUUUUGUAUGAAGUACUAAAGCUAAAUAUUCCCAGUUCUUCUGCUCCUCCAUUUCACUCAUUCUUGCAGGCUUUUUCUGUUGAUUUUAAAAUACCUUUUUUCUGUUUCCUCCCUCACUUUUCUGCUCUAAUUCCCAAUGCAAGAUGGAGAGUGGUGGCUGAUUUUUUUCUAUCUAACCUGGAGUUUCAAUCCAUCACAUGCGCAUGAACUGUUUCAUUACUGUCUCUGUUCUACUGAAACACCAAAGUAGUUUACAGUAAUGGUCCAGUCUGGUGACAGCACUGUCAGCACAAGACCAUCGCUUCCCAUUUAGAUAUAGAUGGAUGAGAUGUAUGUAAACAAUGGUCCUGUGGGGCUUAGCUAAAUUGUGGGCUGAUCUCAGUCUUUGCUCAUCAUUAGGAUCUGAGAGACUGCUUUUGUGAGUCGCUGCAGAGGACUGGAUGAUAAAUAUUCAUUAUUUUCCCUAUUAACUGUUCUUUUAUAAACCAGGAAAUGAAAUGAAAAUGUUCAUUUUUGUUUAUAGAGUUUUCUAGCUUUUUCACAGGAUUGAUCUCAUGUUGAUUUAAAAAGAAAGGCAGAGGAUUACAGUUUUCACUAUUUAUUUUCACAACUUUUUACAUUUUUUUACUUCUUUUUUUAAACAAUAUUCCCUUUAGACUGUUAAAGAUGGCUGUUAAAUGUCUCAUAACAGAUGAGAGUAAACAAGGAGGAAAAAUGGGCAGUAAGUUGCUGAAAAAAAACAUUCUCAGUUCUCAAAAAGACAUCUAAUCUCAAUGAAUGCUGAGAAGUUUCUGAAUGAUACAGUUAAUUUUUGGAGAAACAUUUGUCCAGAAAACCAUUUUCAAUCCCAAAUUAUCCUGAAGGCACUAGAAAGCAAACCAACAAAAUCCAUGGAGCCAAAGUUAAAUGACUAAGAAACCUGCCUGAUCCUUGAUUUGGCACAAACUUCAUGAUCUGUGAGAUUUAGUGGGUAUCGCUGUCUCUCGGGACGGUUUGUCACCGUGCUGUCUGGACCACAGGGUGCUCCAGGCACAUCUGGAAAGAGCUCCCUGCGAUGUAGCUGGGAUCACAUCUGCCAGGUCGUACUUGCUGCAUUAGGGCACAACCACAGCUCAUGGCAGCUGAAAAAAAGGUUGUGCUUGUGACUGAAGUUGCUCCUUUAGGAUACCAGAAGGGUAACUUCUGCAUCCCAGUGGGAUGCCCAGGGCUGCAUCUAUCCAUGGGACCUCUGGAAUGUCUGGAUUAGGUAACCAGUGCUCUCCAUCUUUCUUUUGGAAGGCCCUGAGCUGUGGCAUUGGCACAGACUGGAGUAUUGGCCACUUUUAUUUCUGUAUCUCAUGCUGGGAAAUAAUAACUUGGGGAUGUCAUUAGGGGUUUUUUUCUUGCAAAUUUUACCACUGAGGAAAAUGUAGUGGAAAUCCUUGAAACUGUAGAUGAUUAUUUACCUGAGUGAGGAGGGAAAGAGCCAGUGCCAUGAGUGGAAUGAAAAUAUCUCCCAUGGCACAGUUGUGUGUAAACAGUGAAAGCGAGCAAAAGACUGGGUCAGUUACCUCCGUCACUGCCAGUGUUGCCCCCACGAUGGAUUCUGCUGUAUUAGCUGUAACUUAGGAAUAAAAUGGGAGACCUGGAGACUAGAUGCAGCUUUUGGUUCCAUAUGGCUGUAGAUCUGAUGUAAAUAUCCAAUGGAUCCUCUGCUUAGUUUAAUCUGUGCUUGAGAACCCCAACACUAAGCCUGGAAGAAUCAGAGAUGAGGACAGAGCGACUGGGGACUGCAGAGGUUUCCAGUUACAGUUGUGAUCACUAAGAGCAUGUGCAGGACAGUGUGUGUUUUCUUCUGGAUUAAGCUUUGAUUUCAGGGAUGUGCAAAGAUAUUCUGUUCUCCCUUUCACUCUCCCUUCAGUCAUUUCCACACACAUUCCAACUCUGACAAACAAAACCAGAAUCCCUUCUGAUGAUGUUGGACAAUGCAUUAAACCCGAACCACCACCAUGGUUUUAAAGGAUUAAAUGAGGCAGACAAUUGCAAUACUUGUAUUAAACACAGUAAUACAAAUGCAUGAGUCAUAUAUAUACAUAUAUAUAUACUGUUCUUGGUUUUACUGUUCCAUUUGAAUAUUUCUACUGUAAAAAAAGGCAGUGGUUUUGAAAUUGUUGAAAAUAAAUGUAUUUUUGUACAUCAGA